AUGCAUUUGACAGCAAGAAACAAAGUCAGGAAGAGUGACCGUCUUCUAAUCAAGGGUGGGAGAAUCGUCAACGAUGACCAGUCCUUCUAUGCUGAUAUUUACAUGGAGGAUGGCUUAAUAAAGCAAAUUGGAGACAAUCUGAUUGUCCCCGGAGGUGUGAAGACCAUCGAAGCCAAUGGGAAGAUGGUGAUUCCUGGAGGCAUUGACGUACACACACACUUCCAGAUGCCUUACAAGGGAAUGACCACAGUGGAUGAUUUCUUCCAAGGGACUAAGGCUGCCUUAGCUGAUGGCACCACCAUGAUCAUUGACCACAUUGUAUCUGAACCUGAGUCUAGCCUGACCGAGGCCUAUGAAAAGUGGCGUGAGUGGGCUGAUGGGAAGAGCUGCUGUGACUAUGCUUUGCAUGUGGACAUCACCCACUGGAAUGACAGUGUAAAGCAGGAAGUGCAAAACCUCAGCAAAGACAAAGGUGUUAACUCAUUCAUGGUUUAUAUGGCUUACAAGGAUUUAUAUCAAGUGUCCAACACAGAGCUCUAUGAAAUCUUCACCUGCCUGGGAGAACUGGGGGCCAUUGCUCAAGUUCAUGCUGAAAAUGGAGAUAUCAUUGCCCAGGUAACAUCACAAAGGCCAUGGUUGGAAAUGGGGAUAACUGGCCCAGAAGGCCAUGUUCUGAGUAGACCAGAAGAGCUGGAAGCUGAGGCUGUGUUCCGUGCCAUCACCAUCGCCAGUCAAACCAACUGCCCCCUCUAUGUCACCAAGGUCAUGAGCAAAAGCGCAGCUGAUCUCAUCUCACAAGCCAGGAAGAAAGGAAAUGUGGUCUUUGGCGAACCCAUCACGGCCAGCCUCGGAAUAGAUGGAACUCAUUACUGGAGUAAGAACUGGGCCAAGGCAGCUGCAUUUGUGACAUCCCCACCUCUGAGCCCUGACCCAACCACACCUGACUAUAUCAACUCGUUGCUGGCCAGUGGUGAUCUGCAGCUCUCUGGAAGUGCCCACUGUACCUUCAGCACUGCUCAGAAAGCCAUUGGGAAGGACAACUUCACAGCCAUCCCUGAGGGCACCAAUGGUGUGGAGGAGCGCAUGUCUGUCAUCUGGGACAAAGCUGUGGCCACAGGAAAGAUGGAUGAAAAUCAGUUUGUGGCUGUGACUAGCACCAAUGCUGCCAAGAUAUUCAACCUGUACCCCCGCAAGGGGAGAAUAGCUGUGGGCUCUGACAGCGACCUGGUCAUCUGGGAUCCAGAUGCUGUGAAGAUUGUCUCUGCCAAGAACCACCAAUCGGUUGCAGAAUACAACAUCUUUGAAGGGAUGGAGCUACGUGGGGCACCUCUGGUGGUUAUUUGCCAGGGCAAGAUCAUGCUGGAAGUCUACAAUCUGCAUGUGACCCAGGGGGCUGGUCGCUUCAUUCCCUGCAGCCCAUUCUCUGACUAUGUCUAUAAGCGCAUUAAAGCCAGGAGGAAGAUGGCAGACCUGCAUGCAGUCCCAAGGGGCAUGUAUGAUGGACCCGUUUCUGACUUGACCACCACCCCCAAGGGGGGCACCCCAGCUGGCUCUACUCGUGGCUCUCCCACUCCCCCAAACCCUCCAGUGAGGAACCUCCAUCAGUCGGGAUUUAGCCUGUCAGGCACCCAAAUGAAUGAGGGUGUCAGCUCAGCCAUCAAACGUGGCGCCCCCUGGAGGCCGUUCUAAUAUCACAUCUCUGAGUUAAGCAAGUCCUCCCAAUCAGGGAGGGAGAAGCAAGAAGAGAUUUUUCGAAGCCAAAAUUGGUACAGUGAUAUUUAAGAAGGAAAGUGAAUCCAAACAGUUGCGAUCUAAAGAGUCAAUAAGCCUCAAGCCUUAUGUUUCCCAAUGUUAUGCUCGCUUGCCUAGCUUUAUGAAUUGCUUUGAUUUCUGUUUAGGCAUAACCUUGAUUCUUUAACCCCCCCCCCACUUACAUGCAUGCGAUCAGACAGGCCACUAAGGUAGAGUCUGCAUAUUAUAGUGUUGAGAGCAUAUGUAGCACUGCAUCUUACGGCGAGGGGACAGAUGAAGCUGGGAUGUCAAGAAAAUUAAUAAAAGACUGGAGGUUUCUUUGGGAGAUUGGGUGGUGGGAGCCCAGGGCAAGGUUUUGGGC